AUGGCUAAUAUUGAUAAAAUUACGGUUCUUUGUGGAAACCUCCGUCUUUGCAUCGAGGAGAGGAGCAGGGGUGUGGGCAGCAGGGGAGCAGGGCGGGAGGAACAGGGGUGCCAAGAAGAGCGGCCAGGGUCAUCUCUCCUUUCCUCUCCACGGUCGGGGACGGGGUCCAGGGUGGGGCGCGUAAGGUACUCAGCGGACACCGUGCUUAACUGUCCUGUCCUCCUGCGUGGUGGUCCUGCUCUCACCCUUUUAUGUGCUGCUUUAUCAUGCCACGCCACUGUCAUGUCAGCAAGGGUCCCGCUCGCCACCAUCGCUGGCCUGCAGCAGCAUCUCCUCCAGCUCUCGCCUAUGAAGGGGCUCAGGCUGGCCGACAAGGAGGACACUCCCCCGUCCCUCAGCGGGACCCGCGUGCUGGCCAGCAAGACCGCGAGGAGGACCUGCCAGGAGCCUGCAGAGCCGAACCCUAAGCUAUCUGCCCCCAGUGUGGAGGAUGAACCACUUCUGAAAGAAAACCCCCGCCGCUCUGUCAUCUUUCCUAUCGAAUACCAUGAUAUUUGGCAGAUGUGUAAGAAAGCUGAGGCUUCCUUCUGGAAGGCUGAGGAGGUGGACCUUUCCAAGGACAUUCAGCACUGGGAAGCCCUGAAGCCUGAGGAGAGAUAUUUCACUCCGCAUGUUCUGGCUUUCUCUGCAGCAAGUGACGGCAUAGUAAAUGAAAACUUGGUGGAGCGGCUUAGCCAAGAAGUUCAGAUUACGGAAGCCCGUUAUUUCUAUGGCUUCCAAAUUGCCAUGGAAAACAUACAUUCGGAAAUGUAUAGUCUCCUCAUUGACACUUACAUUCAAGAUUCCAAAGAAAGGGAAUUUCUCUUCAACGCCAUUGAGACAAUGCCUUGUGUAAAGAAGAAGGCAGAUUGGGCCUUGCGCUGGAUCGAGGACAAAGAGGCUACGUAUGGAGAACGUGUCGUAGCCUUUGCCGCAGUGGAAGGAGUCUUCUUUUCUGGUUCUUUUGCAUCGAUAUUCUGGCUCAAGAAACGAGGACUGAUGCCUGGCCUCACAUUUUCCAAUGAACUUAUUAGCAGAGACGAGGGUUUACACUGUGACUUUGCCUGCCUGAUGUUCAAACACCUGCUACACAAACCUUCGGAGCAGAGAGUCAAAGAAAUAAUCGUCAGUGCAGUUAGGACAGAACAGGAGUUCCUCACGGAGGCCUCGACAGUGAAGCUCAUGGGGAUGAAUUGUGCUUUGAUGAAGCAGUACAUCAAAUUCCUGGCAGACAGACUUAUGCUGGAGCUGGCUUUUAGCAAGGUUUUCAGAGUAGAAAAUCCAUUUGACUUUAUGGAGAAUAUUUCACUGGAAGGGAAGACUAACUUCUUUGAGAAGAGAGUAGGCGAGUAUCAGAGGAUGGGAGUGCUGUCCAGUCCGACAGAGAAUUCCUUUACCUUGGAUGCUGACUUCUAA